CUUCCUUUUCAUGUUCUUCUGCACCCGCACCCACAGUAAACCACCGCCUGUUCAUAGGUCAUACCUCAUGUCAGUCACGCCUCGCAGCCAAUGAAAAACCGCGCGAGGUCAAAGUGGUGGGACAUGACGCAAACUGGGGCUGUAUAUAGACCACGCAGCAACAUUAGAAAACGUGGAUCCUGUAGAUGUUUUUUUUUCACGCAGACUGCCUGGGCAGAGAGACCGCGAAAAGCGUUAACAAAUCCAGACCUCACAAGUAACGUUACACGCAGCAGAACAUCCUACUUUUCAUCAUGGCACUCGAUGGAUGUGGCCUCUUCUGCAAGUACACCCUCUUCAUUUUCAACCUCAUCUUUGCGUUGUUGGGCUUCGCCUUUCUGGUUCUUGGCUUGUUGCUGAGGUUCAGCUACAACACCAGAGGCAUCUUUCAAAUACAGGACCUCAACUCAAGUGCAUUUGUUAUAGCUGUGACUGUACUGAUUGCUCUCGGCUCAGUGAUGCUGAUUGUGGUGGUGUUUGGAGACUACGGGGCCUGCAAUGAGAAAAGAUGUGCUCUGCAAGUGUUCUCCAUGCUUCUGACCAUUCUGGCAAUAGCUGAAAUUGCUGUUGGAGUGGUUGCUUAUACCAGUAAGUAAGAGGUUGGACUACGCACUGUGGAGUUCUACAGUAGCCUGUAUGCUCUGUAUUUGAAUAGCGGAGACCCGAUCAUUGGUGCCACUCUCACAUUCAUCCACAAAAUGCUUCAUUGCUGUGGAUUGACCGGGGUCGUGUUGAUCGAGAUGGUCCAACACACCUGUCCCAAAGCAGAUGGGUUUUGGGAGCAGAUCAAGCAGCCUACCUGUCCUCAGAAGAUCCUGGGUGCCUUUGACAGCAGCACGCCACUGGUGAUGGGCAUCUUUGUCGGAACGGGAGUUCUUUUGAUCAUUGCCUUGGUUUGCACCACUAUCCUCCUGAAACAGACCAAGAGAACCCAGCAGGAGGUCACUGCCUACUACACGACUGUGUACUAACCAGAGGAUUUGGUUUACAACCCUUCUCACUCAAUGAGGACCAACGCUGGAUUUCAGGCUCAACCAGCAGGCAAAUGUUUACAGAUAUUUCUCUGUACACUAGUUUUACCACUCCACCAGCAAUGUGUUUAAGUGAAUUUCUUUUACCCUAAAGACAUCAUUGUGCUAAUAAUUUGACACAUUGUGAGCAGAUCUGUAGCCAACCAAUAUUUUAUUGUGCUUUUGCUUUAAUAAUCAUGCAGCAAGUCUUGCUGAAAUGGAUGUUGCUUAUAAUUGG